CCUGCCGAAGUUAGGAUACUUCAUCGCCAUAUUGAAAGAACAAACUGUCGGCGCCUUCUGUCCUUCAUGCCUAAAGUUCCAUCCACGCGUCGCAACUGAGUUUCAAGAAUAGCAGGGAGCAUCCCACAGAGACGUGACACUCUGGGAUCAUUGCCUACGUUCCUCCAUAGCAUUCAUCAUGUCGGACAACGACAUAUCCGCACCGAACCCGAUCAGAACCUGCGUCUUGGGCGUCGGCCUCGGUGGACUAGUCUUCCACAUCCCCUUCAUCCUCGCGCAGCCUCACCUCUUCUCCUUGCACGCAGUGCUUGAGCGCUCCGGCGAGGGCAAGGCCCACGCGCGCUACGGCGCACACAUGAGUGGGGCGAAGAUCUACACGAGCAUGGAACAGGUCGUCGCCGAUCCGGAGAUCGAGCUGGUUGUGGUGACCACUCCCAACGGGACGCAUUAUGCGUUAGCGCGGAGUGCAUUAGAGGCAGGAAAGCAUGUGCUGGUAGAUAAACCAGUAACGGCGACGGCGCAGGAGGCGCGCGAGCUGGGAGAGCUUGCGAAGUCGAGAAAUCUCGUGCUCGCGGCCUACCAGAACAAGCGGUAUGAAGCCGACUGGCUCGCUUUGAAGAAGCUGCUAGCGCUUCCUCGGAGCUCACCUCACUCGCUCGGAGACAUCUACGAGUUUGAAUCCCGAGCCGAUCGAUAUCGGGCGGUCCUCAAGGGCACUUGGAAGGAUCACGCCGCCGCAGGCACCGGUCUCACGUACGACCUUGGGUCGCACCUAAUCGACCAGGCUCUACAGCUUUUUGGGAGACCAGACAAGAUCACAGCUUUCAUCCAGAAUAUCCGCGGCAUAGGAGACCCUGAGGUGGAUGACUGUUUCACCAUUUAUUUCCACUACUCACCUCUUACACCUGACCGGCCUUGCCCCAUAACUGUCAUUCUACGCUCACAUAUCCUUUCUGUCGGUUCGCCUCAACUGCGAUACGUGGUGCGCGGGACGAAGGGCACCUACACCAAAUAUGGUGCGGACGGCCAAGAAGAAUAUCUAAGGUCCAUGUCAGAUACGGGGCAGAUUGUUCGGGACGAGGCGUAUGGCAUGGAGAAAUCGGAAUUGGCAGGCACGUUACAGAACCUUGAUAGCAAUGGCAGCAUUGUGACCUCAAGAUGGCAGGCAGAUCAGAAGGGAACCUAUGCCGAUCUCUACUCAAACGUCUGGGACGCAAUCAGGAAUGGGAAAGAACUCGUCGUGAAAUGGACCGAGGCCACAGCUGUCGUCGAAAUGAUCGAGCUGGCUUACCUUAGCCAAAGGGAAGGGAGGACCGUCGAUGUACCCUGAUAGAUAACCUUCAUGGUCAAAUAAAG